AUGCCUGCUUCUCCUGCAGGAGUUGCUGCAUUAGACGACAAGUCUCGACACUCCCUGGAGUCGGAUUUGAAUCCCGAUGAACACACUCCUGAUAGCAGAAGUCGAGUCGUGCAAUCUCAAACCAUCAACUUCGGCGCGCCUCAUCCUUCCACAAACAACCGUUCGAUUUACAAUGUGACCCGGUCAAGGAGUCGGGAUACCGUCCGCAGUGCCCGCAGCUCUCGCAGCAUCUCCCAUCCAUCGCCAGCUGCUGGCAUUCCCAUCGAAUUCCGUACCAUAUCCUUCCAGAUAUCUGAAUCCCAAGCCGCAACCCAGGAGGUGCUCAAAGCUCGUGGCAAAGAGGAACAGAAGCCGGAUCAAGACUACUUCGAAAGCUUGGACUUCCAUCUUCUCUCCACCGAGAGACUAUGCCAGCAGUUCAACCUCGACGCCAAUCAAGGACUCAGUAACAAUGCAGCACAGACUCGUCUGCAGCGGGACGGAAAGAAUGCCAUCGCCCAUCACAGAGAAAACUACCUCAAGAAGAUUUUCUGGUAUGUCUUUGGUGGCUUCUGCUCUGUUCUCUGGAUCGGAGUGAUUAUCUUCUUCCUCUGCUGGCGACCCUUGAGCAACCCUCCGUCCGUGCCAAAUCUCGCUAUGGCCAUCCUGGUCAUCAUUGUCAUUGCCUUGCAAGCCUCCUUCUCUGCCUUCCAGGACUGGUCAACCUCUCGUGUCAUGAACUCCAUCCUGGGUCUGUUGCCAUCCGAUGCAUUAGUUAUGCGGGAAGGAAAUCUUGUUCGACUACCUGCUGCGGACUUGGUUGCUGGCGAUCUUGUUCACAUCUCCAUCGGCAACAAAGUUCCCGCCGAUAUGCGCAUCAUUCGCAGCUCGGGUGAUGUGCGGUUCGACCGAUCUAUCCUCACUGGAGAAUCUGACGAGGUCGAAGGAGCGACGGAUGCCACGGACCAGAACUUCCUUGAGACCCGAAACAUUGCGUUCAUGGGUACCAGUGUCACCAACGGCAAUGCCGUCGGUGUCGUCGUCCUUACUGGCAGCCGAUCGGUUAUGGGCCGUCUGGCUUCGAUCACCGCGAACGUCAAGGAGAAACCCACGCUCAUUCAGAAGGAGAUUUCGCGCUUCGUGCGUAUCAUCGUUGUAUUGACCGUCAUAUUGGCUGCUGCGAUUCUCUUUACAUGGGUGGGAUGGCUUCGCGUGGAUCACUCUGACUUCAUGAAUGUAGUAGCGAUGUUGAACGACGUGAUGGGUUGUGUUGUGGCUUUCAUCCCCGAAGGCAUGCCGGUGGGUGUCGCUCUCACCUUGAUGAUUGUGGCCAAACGGAUGAAGGCAAACAACAUUCUACCAAAAGGGUUGGCUACAGUCGAGACUCUGGGCUGUGUCAAUGUCAUCUGCUCAGACAAGACGGGCACCCUCACCCAGAACAAGAUGUUUGUCCAGUCGCUGGGCCUGGUUGACCAGGAGUUUGACCUGCAGGCUUUGGUCAGUGGGCAAGAAAAGUCCAUUCCGAUUCCGUCGGCUUUGGAACCCCUGGUGCAAGGAUCAGCCCUGUGCAACGAUGCUUUCUUCGACCAAGAGACAAAAGACCUACCCAUCAACGAACGGACGGUCAACGGAAAUGCCACCGAUGCUGCAGUUCUGCGUUUGGUCGAAACGCUGCGCCCGAACGGUAAAACCGGGUUGCAUGAGUACGAACGCAUACACCAGAUCCCUUUCAAUUCGAAAAACAAGUGGAUGCUCACGAUACACAAAACUCCCCACGCCCCCAAUCGCUGCCUUGUAUAUGUCAAAGGCGCGCCCGAUGUUCUCCUGCCGCAUUGUUCAUCGUAUCUGUCCGGAGACGGUAUCACUAAGACCAUGGAUGCUGCCGCCAGAGAGUCCUUUUCGGCCUUCCAGCAGAAACUAUCCCGUCGCGCCCAGCGCGUGAUCGUGCUGUGUCAGAAAGACUACGUCCCAACAGCGCCAGUCGGCACCAAUGACUUCAAUGACGAGAUCCUGGCCCACGGAGUGCAAGAUCUCACUAUCGUCGGUAUAUUUGGAAUCAUUGACCCUGCCCGUCCCGAGAUCCCGGCUACUGUUGCAGCCUGUCGCAGAGCUGGCAUCCGCUUCUUUAUGGUCACUGGUGAUUUCGGACUAACUGCUGCCGCCAUCGCACGAGACAUUGGCAUUUUCACUGGAACGGCAGAGCCAAAUACUGUCUCUGAUCUGCAGGCUUUGUCUGCCGACAGUGUGGAUGAGGGGGACCAGGAGAAACACUCCCGACGCAGCCUCUUGGUGGAGGGAUCACAGAUCCCAGCACUGAACCAGGCUCAAUGGGACGCAAUCUGCCAAUACGAGGAAAUAGUCUUCGCACGCACGACCCCCGAGCAGAAAUUGCGCAUUGUCGAGGAAUUGAAGGCACGGGACAGUGUGGUGGCCGUGACCGGCGACGGCGUCAACGACGCACCGGCCCUGCGCGCUGCGGAUAUCGGCAUUGCCGUGGUCUCUGGGAGUGAUGUGGCCAUCGAGGCCGCGGAUCUCGUUCUUCUCGAUCGCUUCGACUCAAUUAUUGACGCCAUUCGCCUGGGCCGUCUAGUCUUCCAGAACCUGCAAAAAGUCAUUGCCUACCUGCUACCGGCCGGCAGUUGGUCAGAGAUCUGGCCGGUGAUCAUGAACGUCUUCUUCGGCGUGCCUCUACCGCUCAGCUCGUUCCUGAUGAUCAUCAUUUGCGUCUUCACCGACCUGUUCCUGUCGCUAUCGCUGAUCAUGGAGAAAGAGGAGUUCGACCUGCUCAGUCUCCCGCCGCGUAACCACAAGACCGACCACUUGAUCAACCUGAAGAUCUACGGACAGUCGUACCUCUUCAUCGGGGUAAUCGAAGCCGUCUGCGCCCACGCCAUGUUCUUUCUGUACAUGUACAAGAAGGCGGGCAUCCCCUUCCACGCCCUCAUUUUCGCUUUCGGGAAGUACUCGGACGGCUUCUAUGGCUACUCCGAGGCGGAAUUAACGCACUUCAACGCGGUCGGCCAGAGCGUCUACUUCGUGUCACUGGUGAUCAUGCAAUGGGGCAACAUCCUCUCGGUGCGCAACAAGCGCCUGUCCCUUCUGCAGGCGGAUCCCAUCCGCAAGAAGCAGCGCAAUCUGUGGCUGCCGUUGGCGAUGCUGGUGUCGCUGGCCAUUGCCGUCUUCGUGACGGAAGAACCGGGACUGCAGUCAUUGUUCAGCACCGCGUCCAUCCCGUUAGAGUUCUGGUUUAUUCCAUUGGGGCUUGCAGCAGGGGUCUUGGCGAUGGAUGAGGGCAGGAAGGUGGUGGUGCGCAUGUUUCCUCGGAGUGUAGUGGCGAAGAUUGCUUGGUGA